UUUGUUCAUCGUUGCAUAAAAGGUGCAGGGACGUAGAGGGGUAGAGGCGCAUAUCUCUGAAGCAACGCGAGAAAUCCAACGACUUCCGAUGGCAGCAGAGCCCCUCUCCAAUGGCGCUGCCUACCAGUCAGUGCCUGAAUCCUACGUGCUCCCGGGGGACAAGAGACCGGGGAGCUCACCGUCUUCUGCAGCAGCGAUACCUGUAGUUGACCUCGGCGGCGAUGACCCUGACAGGAUUGUGAAGCAGAUCAUGGGUGCCGGGAGAGAGUUCGGUUUCUUUCAGGUGAUCAACCAUGGCGUGCCAGGGCAGGUGAUGGGCGAGAUGAUGAGCAGUGCGGAGGAGUUCUUCGGGCUCCCCACGGAGGAGAAGAUGGUGCUCUACUCCACCGACAGCAAGAAGCUUCCACGGUUCCACACGAGCAUCGGCAACGACCAGGAGAAGCUUCUCUACUGGAGGGACUGCCUCAAGCUUGGCUGCUACCCCUUGGAGCAAUUCAGGCACCAGUGGCCUCAAAAGCCAGCCAGGCUCAGGGCGGCGUUGGAGGCGUACACGACGGCGGUGAGGGCGGUGGCGCUGCGCCUGCUGCGGCUUACCGCGGCGGGGCUGGGGCUCGACGAGGGCCACUUCGAGGGGGAGCUGACCGCCGGGCCGGUGAUCAUGAACGUGAACCACUACGUGCCGUGCCCGGAACCGAGCCUGACGAUGGGCCUGGCGCCGCACUGCGACCCCAACGUCGUCACCGUCCUCGCGGACAACGGCGUCUGCGGCCUGCAGGCGCGGCAGCGAGGCAGCGGCGGCGGCUGGGUCGACGUCGAGCCACUCCCGGGCGCGCUCGUCGUCAACUUUGGGCACCAGAUGGAGGUGGUCAGCAACGGCGCCCUGCGGGGCGGCGAGCACCGCGUGGUGACGAACGCGCGCGCCGCGCGGACGUCGCUGGCCACGUUCGUCAUGCCGGCGAUGGGCUGCGCCGUCGCGGCGGCGCCGGGGAUGGUCCCCGACGGCGAGGCCCCCCAGUACAGGCCGUUCACGUACCAGGAGUUCAUGGGCGCGUACACUGCGGCGAUCGGCGAUAGGGACGCCGUCCUGGCACGUUUCCAGAACAAGGACUGACCUGACCGCUCGUCGUCUUGGUCGCAUCCGCUGCAGGUUGUAUCGUGGUGAUCGCGUUGCUGUGUUUCUCCGGGGAAUUCCGUCCGAUCCCGAGAGCUAGUAUUGGCAGGUCUGAGUUCUAAAGAUGUCACUAACGGUUGAUCGGAGGACAUCAGCAUCGAUCUCAGCGACCGAUCGAGCCAUCCGCGGAGAGGAAUCUGCGAUGGGCACGCCAGAGAGCCGCUACCGCGGACUGCAUCAGUUGUUCUCACGGGCAGAGGUCGCCGGCGACGACUCGGCGGAGCCCUGGUGGCGCGCGCGGGGGUCAGCUAUACAGAUGCGAGCGAGGGAGACGCUGGAGGACGCAAU